GUCAACCGCCUGCCCUGCCGCUGUGCGCCUCGCCCCGGUGGUUACUGCCGCCUCAGGGCGCAGAGGCCCGGCCUUUCGGCCCAAAUGUCAGUUUGUAAAAUAGCAGGGCUGGAGUCUGCAGGGUUUGCAAGCUCCCGCCUUGUAGGAAGUCCGGGAGGCUGGGAAUUUCCAACUGUUUCACCUUAGAGCCCUCUUCGCCCAGGCAAAACCACUCAGGAGCCUGGCUUCCCACAGCCUCGGCAGGGAGGAAUACAAUUUUUUCAUCUAUAAUUUGGAAGCAAAGUAAAAUAACAAAAUGAAGCCAGCAAAACAUCUGUUAGCCUCUAGUAAUAAAUCGGCAAAUGUUCCAGAAUUCACUUACAAAAAAGGACUAUUGAAUUUACCAUUGUCACCUAAAUCAAAGGAAAAACAUAGUACAAAAUUAGUACGUGAUAAACUUGAAACAAUGGCCUUAGGAUCUCCACCAAGAGGGGAAUCCAUCGUAAGGUAUGCUUUGCCCAUUCCAUCAAGUAAGACAAAGGAGUUCAUAGCAGAAGAUGAAUUGAUCAGGAAAAUUACCAAUCAUCUGAAGAUGAUUGUUUCUACUUUGGAAGAAACCUAUGGAUUUAGCAUUCAAAAUGGAGAAAAAUCAGUUGUGAAGCCUGAACCUGAGGAAUUAACUUUAUCGGUUGGGGAUGAUCUGAAUUCAUUCUUGAGAUGUUGUUCACAAUUUGCUGCUCAGUUAGAAGAAGCAGCUAAGGAAGAACAUAAUAUUUUGGAAUCUCUUUUUAAGUGGUUUCAGCAACAGGUCAAUCAGAUGGAAGAGAUAAGUAAAGAUCAAACUUUUUUAGAGGUAGAGUUUCCAGCACCUGACAAAACCUUAAACAUUGCACAAGUAGUAAAACAGGUGCAAAAAAUAGAAGCACGGAAAAAUCACCUUAAACAACAGUCUAAAUACUCCUCGAGGACCACAUUGUCUAAAGCCAAGGAUAGUGAAAAUUCACCAGGAGCAGUACAUAGUUACGAAGCUGUACAGCAGAUAAUUGAAGAAUUCAUAAAAACCCACUCAACUGAAGAAUUUAUAGAUGUUUCUGCAACUGAUCCACAAACUGCUUAUUCACUGAUGAAGCAAGUGGAUGUCAUGUUGAAAAUAUUUGAAAAACAUUCAAAUAUGUUGGAGAGAGCUGUGAGUGAUCAGGGUUUGUUAGAGGCUAAAUUCAAACAAAUGGAAAGUGAUUUUCAAGUCUUAUUAGAGGAGAAAUUGAGGCUGGAAAAUGAAUUACUAAAGCUGAAGAAUACUGAGAAAACAAAGUCAAUGUAUGAUAGGACAAAGAAAACUAUAAAAACUGAGAAGAAAAAAGACAAAGGAAAACCUGAGGAUUCAGAAGAGAAGAAGUCUCUAGUCAAAGACCUUAAAAUAAAAGGAGAUUUGCUUCAAGUCCAGAAAGUAGCACAUGCUCUGGAAAUUGAGAACAAAGUCCUUCAGGAACAACUGAAACAGGCUCUCCAGGAAGCUGAAAGAGCAAAGCAUCAACUUGACUAUUUCCUAAAUCAAGGGAAAGAAUUACUUAAAAGUGAAGGGAAGACCAAGACAACAAUGGAAAUGGGUAUUAGUAAAAUAAAAGUUGAAGAUUCAAAAGAUAUACCAUUGGGGAGAAGAAGAAGGAAAUCACUAGUUACAGAUUCAGGUGGACAAAAGACAAAUUCUAAAAUCCAAGAACAUCCCCAGAUCUCAAGUGUCCCAAAUGGAAGCCCAACUGACAAAAGCUCAGAGAAGAAAAGAGCUAGCUCUGCUCUUCCAGAUCUUUCACAGAUCCUACAGUCUCAAGAUGGAUCAGCUUUUUUAAGGAGUUCAAAUGAAGUUUCAGCUAAUAAAGACCUACCCCAUAUACUUCCAUUAAAGACCCAGGAUAAAUCCUUAACAAGACUAUUAUCAAACGAAGAGAUUGGAGACUUACUGUCUGUCAAAACAUCACUUCAAGGGGAUGGAACAACAACAGUGUCACUCAUUUCACAUCCUUUUCUUACCAGAAAAAAGCCAAUGGGUAGUGAUAUCUCAGAGGCUGCCGUUGGAGAAGAGAAAUUACAAAGUAAGACUGAAAAACAAACUUACCAAGAAGCAAGAGAAUUUCAAGCUCAUUUUGGAGUACCAGAUGAAAAUCUAGUGCUUGUGAGUCAAGAUUCAGUGUCAAAACCCCAAAUGCAAGUAGAGAAACAAAUAACUUACAGAAGGGAAAGAUGCCAUACUUAUUUUGGUGCCACAGAUGAAAAUCUUAUGUUUGUAAAUCCAGAGUCAGCAUCAAAAUCCCAAGUACAAGUAAAGAAACAAAUAACUUCCAGGGAGGGGAGACGCAAAACAUUUCCUCUUGAAAAGCAAAAAAAUGAUAAGAUAUCACAUAAAAAUCUAUUUCCUGAGGAGAAAGUUUUAUUUUCAAGAAACCAGUUUCAAACUAAGAAACUUGAAGCUACCAGAAACAUGAAUCUUGAUACUGAGAAAAUGGAUGAGAAAGCAGGUGAAAACCUUUCACCUGAAGAUAAUGAAAUUUUAAUCUCAAAAGGCUCAUCUCAAAUUAAGACACUUGGAGCUGCCAGCAAAGAAGGAUUUAGUAAUCAGAAUAUGGAUGAACUCUCAGAUUUUACACUUGAAGAUCUAGAACUCACUUCAGGAUACGAGGAUCAACGUCAAACAAGUGGAGUUAAUCAAUCUCAAAGAUUGAGUGUUAAAAAUGAAGCGGCCUCAGAACUUCCAGAUUCAGCAGAUCUCCCAGCAAUAAAUCCAUCAAUUAGCGAUCUAAUAUAUCAAUUAGAUUUAAAUAAAGUCACAGAAACUAAUAUAGAACACUUGAAAUGUGUUAAUGGAACAUGCAUAUUGGUGGAGGAAAUGAAGAUACAAUCAGAGAGACUUCCUGAGAUGGAUACAGAGCCCCUCCCAGGUGCUACCGGAAGAGGUAUAAUAAAGAAGGAAAUCAAGACACAGUCAAAGAGUCAUCCUGGGACUAAUGUAGAACACUUGACAGAUGCAAUGGGAAGAGACAUAACAAAGGGACAACUCAAGGUACAAUCAGCGAAUCUCCCUGAGAUGGAUACAGAGCCCCUCCCAGGUGCUACUGGAAGAGGUAUAAUAAAGAAGGAAAUCAAGACACAGUCAAAGAGUCAUCCUGAGACUGAUGUAGAACACUUGACAUAUACUGUUGGAGGAGAAACAAUAUUUGAUGAAAUCACAACACAACUUAAAAUUCACCCUGGUGUGAAUUUAUUUAAAAACAAAUAUAUGUCCACAGAACAGCAAGAAGAUUUUUUUACCAGUGACAUCACACCAUUUAAACUCUCAACAAACAGGAUCAGUUUUUCAUCCUUUGACAAUCAAGGAAUGAAUUUAUUUAAAAACAAAAAUAUAUUUUCACAUCAAGACUUACUUCCAAAGAACAUCACAAUGAAUAAAUUCCCAACAAAAGUGAUCAAUUUAUCACCCUUUGACAAUCAAGAAAGAACUUAUGAGUACACUUCACACCAUGUGACUAAACCUCCAAAAGCAAGUCCUAGAACAUCUAGGGCUGGGUCAACCAUUUAUAAAGCCAUCCAGCUUCCUUCACUGAAUAAAGAAACUUCAUGGCAUCCAAAAAAUUAUAUCUCAAAAAAACAUGUUGAACUUACAAAUACUCUGCCUGCUAUGAUCUCUACAACUAGAAAACCUAUCUAUGAAGGUAACAGAGUCUCCUGAAGAUGAGUGACUGCUGCCUAGACACUGUAGAGGGUAAGAAUACAGACCCUGGGGUCCAAACUGCCUGGGUCUGAAUCCGAGCUCUUCCACUAACUAGUCAUGUGUGAACCUGGUCAAGUUACCUAACCCUUCUGUGCCUCCGUUUUCUAAUAUGUGAAAUAAAAAAAAAAGUCCUUGGGAAAGGAAAGAGGAAUUCUAGAUCACCAGCCAGGAGAAUCUGCUCUUAUUGUAACGUUUUAAAUCAGUUUUAGGGACUUACAUGAUUAUAUUAAAAUAUACUAGAAGCAUUUCACGAAAAUUCAGAUAUAAGGAAAUCCUGACCACUACUAAUAAAAGAAAAAAUAAUAAAUUUUCAUUCAGGUAAAACGUACAUUCACCAAAACAGAUUAUCCUAUGUAAUCAGUGAAUAGGAAAAGCAAGCCUUAUUGCAACCUUGAAAUUUUCAACUAAAUUUUUAUUUAGAACUGUAAAUAGGACUUUCUCUUUAAAGUCUAUGUUGUCUUUUUUAAAAAAAAAGUUCAGGGGCGCCUGGGUGGCUCAGAUGGUUAAGCAUCUGCCUUCAGCUCAGGUUGUGAUCCCGGGGUCCUGGGAUGGAGCCCCACGUCCAGCUCCUGGCUCAG